UAUAUAGCAUUGUGCACAGAGAGGACACAACGUGAGCGUGUUUUCUUCAUGUUGUUUACUUCUGCAUGCGAGAUGAAGGAUCCGGGCACAUCAUCUGACGGAGUGAACUAUGGCGCUGUCCUCGCGCUGCUGGUGAUCAGCUUUGUGCUGCUGCGGAAAUGGAUAGCUGGUGGGGUCUGCAAAAGUCAUGCUCGUCUGGAUGGAAAGACAGUUGUGAUCACUGGUGCCAACACUGGGAUUGGCAGGGAAACAGCAAAAGACAUGGCUUAUAGAGGGGCUCGAGUGGUGAUGGCCUGUCGGGACCUGAUUCGAGCUGAAGACGCUGCUGAGUAUAUUCGUCGCUGUACUGGAAAUGGCAAUGUAGUCAUCAGACACUUAAAUCUGGCUUCUCUUUAUUCUGUCCGUGAAUUUGCAAAAGAGUUUAUAGCCACAGAAGAACGACUGGACAUACUCAUAAACAAUGCAGGUGUGAUGAUGUGUCCAAAGUGUGUCACUGAAGAUAGAUUUGAGACACAGUUGGCAGUCAAUCACUUGGGACAUUUUCUUUUGACAAAUCUACUGCUAGAAAUGCUGAAGAGAUCCUCACCCAGCCGUGUGGUCAACGUAUCCAGUAUUGCACAUGUUGGUGGAAAGAUUGAAUUUGAUGACCUGUUCUUUGACAAAAGGCCUUACAGUCCUUUGGUGAGCUACAAGCAGAGUAAACUGGCCAACGUGCUUUUCUCCAGAGAACUUGCACGAAGGAUGAAAGGCACAGGAGUCUCUUCGUACUGCCUGCAUCCAGGAGUGAUUCGAACGGACCUGAGUCGCCAUAUUCUGUCUUGGUUUCCAAUGCUGAAAACUAUACUAUAUCUGCCCUCCAUGUUGCUGAUGAAGACUCCCUGGCAGGGAGCACAAACCACGAUCUACUGUGCUGUUACUGAGGGCUUAGAGAGCAAAUCUGGUAGCUACUUCAGUGACUGUGCUGAAAAAGACCCUGCUCCAGAAGGAAAAGACGACUUGGUGGCUAGAAGGUUGUGGGAGGAAAGUGUUCGUCUGGUCGGACUAAACGACACGUUGAACUGAGGCGGGGCUCUUACAAUUUUCAAGUGCUCCCUCUAGUGGUGAUACCUGUGACUUAAAAAUCUCUAUCCGGCGACAGAGGACACAUACAGGAAGUCAUGCCAGAGGUUGUCACAGCGGUUUACGGGAUUUGCUUCAAGAGAUUCAUAUUUUACAGCACUAAGAGGAUUUUUUAUUCUUGGAAAAGAAUAACGGAGCACCGUCAUGUGCCUGUGUUUUUGAAAGAACUUGGUCACAUUCUUAUAAUCUGUACGUAACACAUUAAAAGUGCGCAGUUUUGGCGAAAAAGCAA